AUGAACAAGAAAGGCCAAGAAAGCGCUGGCAAAGAGAAAUCUUAAGAUCAAUAGGAACCAAAUCAAGAGAAUAUUGCCGAUUUCAUUGCUGUACUUGAGGAGCACAGAAAGCAAUGCGAACAAGAAGGGAAAUAUGUAGAGGCUGAGAUGGCUAAGAAUAGAAUUGAAGAGUUGAAACACCAAGAAUUCUAGAGAAGACGUGAGGAGCUCAUAUUCAACUAAACAAAAGAGAGAGAGGAGGUUGAGCAAGCACAUAUUAUGGAGUACUAAGAGUUCAAUAAAAACUGGGAUGAUACUCUAGCCCAAAUUGAAGCUCAAGAUUAGCAAGCUAUUCAAGCCUUAGAGGAAAAGCAUGUUAGAGAGCUUGAGGAGAAUAGAUAAGUUCUUGAGUAAAAGCUUCCACUUACUUUCAAACAAAGUGCUGAGCUACUUAACCUCAGACAAAUCGAAUAAAACCUUGCCAGACAAAAAUCAUAUGCUGAGGCUCAUUAGGUUUAAGUUAAGGCCUAGCAAUUAGAAGAGGAUGAAAGAGAGAAAGCAGUGCAAGCUAGACACAAGAAGAUAGUUGCUGCAGAGGCUAAAUUAAUUUAAAAACAACAAAAUGAAAUGAAUGCCUUGAGAAAGAAGAUCGAGGGUGCAAUGAACGAACGCCUAAAAUAAAGAGAAUUUGAACACAAUAAGCUACUUCAGAGAUAUCAAAAUGUUAAGAAGGAACUUGAAAAUCAGCAUAAUAUUGAUAGACAGAAGCUCGAGAAGCAAUAUGCCACCAGACCAUCAACAGCUAUGAACAGAAGUCAAAUGAACACCUCAAGAAUGAAUAGUUCAAAGAUUAUCGGGAAAGCCAGUCAAAAACCUGCUUCUAAGCCCUCAUAUUAGUGA